AUGUCUGUCUAAUGAUCUUUGACUACAAAUAUGAUCAAAGUUUUCAAAAGACAGUGGACAGCUAAAAAAUUUUCCGGAUACAGUACUAUGAAUCCUUAUUGAACAAGGCAUACCAAUUGCUACUCUUAAUCUUUUACACACCCUUUCUCUUCUCCGUUCUAACCCUUUCAGCUUCCUUGCUCUGUUUUCUGCUUCUAUAUCCUAUAAAGUUUUCACCUUCCUCCUUCUCUCUUGCCAUUCAAGGUGCCACCAUCUAUCUUACACUCUCCUGAUCGUUUUUCAUUUCUAUAAUUUGUUUAAUUUCUGUGUGUUUCAUUUUAAAGUUUGUGCCUUUUACUUGAUCAUCCAUGCCGACAUGUAUUAUUCAGUUAAUAGAACUCAUUUCUUAGUGAAAAAUCUUCUUUUCUUUUCUUUUUGGUCCCCUUUUUCUCCCAGGAUUUUAGUUGAGGUGAGUAAUGAGCUUUCAGGAUAAAAAUGAUAGCUUUGUUGAGAAGGGUAUUUCAGAAGUUGAGGGAGGAAGCAAAGAUUGUAUUGGUAAUGGCAAGAGAUUACUAGAACAAGAUAAGUUUGAUUACUUGCAAUCUUCGGUUAAGAAGUUGAAAGCCUCUUCUGAACAGGACUUGGUAGAUAAAGAACCUGCAUUGGUUCAAUAUUCUGUUGAGGAAUGCCAAACAAGGAGAGAAGUUGAAGAGAAGAGGUUGCAAUUGCACUCCCUAGAGAAAGAUAUUGAGGAGCUGUGCAAAGAGCUUGAAAGUAAGAGAAAACAGGUUGGUUCUAUUCAAGGAGAAUUGAGUUCUUAUUCCUGGGAUCUUGCAAUCAAAAGGAGAGAACAUGGAUCAAUCCAAAGAUGCAUUGAACAGCGCCAGAAAGAGUUUGAAGCAAAGGGAGAUCAGUUCAAUCACAUGCAGAAGCUGAUUGGAGAAUUUGGGAAGCAUUUAAGGUUAAAGGAGCAACAAUAUGUCAGGGAACUUGAAGCAGUGGCAAUGGUGAUCAAUGAACGCGAUGAACUUCACAAGAAGAUGUUGAGGGAACUUGAAGAGUAUGAUGAGCAAAUUAAAGAAAAGGAAUCACAGCUCCGUUUGAUGGAGGACUUGAGGAGACAGUGUGAAGAGGAGCUCAAUGUAGAACAGAAAGAAUUUCUUCUAGUGCUGGAUAACUUUGACAAGAAAAGGGAAAUGAAGGAAGAGGAACUGAAGGAUCUUUCAAAGAAAAUUGCUAAGUGUACAAAGGAACUUAAGACCAAAGUGGGAGAGAUUGAUGCAAUGAAGAAACUGAUUGAUGCCGAAGCUGAGAAGUUGCAAUUAGAAAAUAGGAAGUUACUUAAGGUAAUUUCAUUAAAUGGAUAUCAUCAUGUUCAGUUGAAGGAGCUUCAGUCCAAAGAAAAGGAAUUUGCAGCACGGGUGGAAGAGCUCGAAUCAAAUGAGAAGCAAUAUGAAGAACGAGUGAAUGAACUUGAGUCAGAAAAUGGACGAAUUGAAGGCAAAGUGAAGGAGAUCCAGUUAAGAGAGGAGGAACAUAAAAGGCAAGUGGAGGAGUUUGUUUUAAAGAAGGUGAAUUUUGACUGCAAAUUAAAUGAGCUUGAUUCGAAAGAGAAGCACUAUGAAGAACGAGUGAACAAGCUCAAUUCAGAGAAGAGUGGAAUUGAAAGCAAAGUGAAAGAGCUCCAAUCAAGAGAGAAAGAACUUCAAAGCCAAGUGGAGGAGUUUGCCUUAAAAAAGGAACAUUUUGAUUACAAGUUAAAUGAGCUUGAAUCAAAAGAGAAGCAGUAUGAAGAACAGGUGAGCAAACUCAAUUCAGAAAAGAGUCUAUUUGAAGGCAAAGCACAAGAGCUCGAAACAAGAGAGAAGGAGCUUAAAAGCCAAGUGGAAGAGUUUGCAAGAAACAAGGAGUAUUUUGAAUACAAAUUGAAGGAACUUGAAUCCAAAGAGAAGCAAUAUGAAGAACAAGUUAAGAAACUCAAUUCAGAAAAGAAGCAAAAUAAAAGCUGGAUUAAGGAGCUUGAGUCAAGAGAGAAGGAGCUCGAAUGCCAAGUUGAGAAGUAUGCAUUAAACAAGGAGAAUUUUGAAGGGCAGAUGGAGAAGCUUAGGUCAAGAGAGAGUAAGAUUGAAGUACGAACAAAAAAACUCAAGUCAAAAGAGAAGCAGUUUGAGAGACUAGAGAAGAAGCUCAGCUUCAAAGAGAAAAAGUAUGAAGAGCUCAUGGAGUUGCUCAAGUCAACACAGAAGCAGUUUGAAGCAAAUGUUACUCGUUUUGCUCCUCUAUUCUGUCCAAACCCCAGCUCUCAAAUGGCCAUGUACACCGCGCUAAGCCGUGCUUCCUCCAGAACCUUCCACAACGUUCUCUCUGCUGGCGUCUUGCUCAGCGGAGAGACAGCCACUCGUACUGUUGUAGCUUCUUCUCUUCGCUUUGCUAACAGCUUUGCGACGAAGACAAGUGCCGAUAAAAACCUCGUUCAAGUUCUUGAAUCUGAGAUCAAAUGCGCCUACGAUGAUAACUGUACAAGAUGUCUCUGGUACGAGUUGAGAGAUGGAUCGAGAACUUGCGGGUUGAGGCAGAUGCCGCCGGGUUCGGGGACCAUUCCAGACGUAGGAUCCGUGGUUCGGAUCCGUAACAAUAACCAAUCACAGCAUGUUGAAAUUCCGGAUGAUUUUCCUUUUGAAAUCGAAGACAAUCCUGGAGAAAGAACCAUACAACUUAAGAGACAAUACCAAGAUGAAACUAUUAAGGUUCAAGUUGACAUCACUAAUGUAGCACUUGAGGAAAAUGAGGAGGAUGAUGAUGAAGGAGAGAAGAGUAGUGAAUCUAGCAUUCCUAUUCCUUUAAUUGUGAGUGUCUUCAAAGGAAAUGGAGUGUGUCUCGAGUUUGGAGCGGUUUUCCCUGAUGAGAUUACCAUUGAUAGCUUAUCAUUGAAGAAUCUCGAUGAAUCUGAGGACCAGCUUGCAUACGAGGGACCAGAAUUCACAGAUUUGGAUGAAAAUCUGCAAAAGGCUUUUCACAAGUAUCUUGAGAUCCGGGGAAUCAAGCCCAGCACAACAAAUUUCUUACAGGAAUACAUGUUUAGUAAAGACAACAAGGAAUACUUGGGGUGGCUGAAGAACCUUAAGAACUUUGUCGAGCAAUGAUUUUAGAAAUGAGUUACUGUUUAAACUUUAAAGUGCAAUCAAAAGGUGAUAGAGCCCUUGUUAAAUUUAGGUGGAACAUUAGCAUGUUUCUUCGUGUA